AUGUACCUCAGCGUCAUUCGUGUUCCACCUCCCGCUGGCGACCCGCAGCUUCCCGCCCCUUCCAGAGGUUCUGGCCCGGUGCUGCGACCACCGGCGGUGGGGACACUGGCGCAAGAGUUGGCCGCCUACGAGUUCACGCACAUCAACGAUCAACAGCUGUCCGACGAGCACAUGUCCAUCUACCGAGGCAAGUCCGUGUGUCGGUUCGGGCUGUACUCGAUGUCGACGCACGUGGGUCCGAUCUCGGACAUCAAGGACUUCCUGGUGCCGCGGUUCGGCAUCAAGGUGACCGAUCUCAACUUCCACGAGGGACACUGCGCGCGCGUGGGCAACUGCGCGGUGAACCAGGGCCUCAAGCGCUUGGCCCGCGGGCUUGGAGGGGUCGCGCGUGACCCCCCGGACCCGGUAUUGCUUUGA